AGCUGUUGGGGGAGGACCUCGCCCCCGCCCCACAGGCCAGAGCUGGUGAGGGGUACCCGGUGCCCCUUCUCCGGAAGGCGAGGAAGACCCCGCCCCCGCGGAGUCGGGGUUGGGGGGGGACUGCCGGGGCGGGGCGUUGCCAGGCCGGCCGGUUGCGUAGCAACGGUGGGCAGCGCGUGACGUGCGCCGCCGCGUCUGGGCCCGAGGCGCCCGCCAGUCCCUGGGAGGUUAGUGGGGCUGCUGUGAGGAGGUCGCUCCGCAGACUUGGUGCUCGCCGGCUCCCUCUCCGCGCUCUGCGGCCGCCGCGGCGAAGAUGGCCUCAGGAGUGCAAGUUGCUGAUGAAGUAUGUCGCAUUUUUUAUGACAUGAAAGUUCGGAAGUGCUCCACACCAGAAGAAAUCAAGAAAAGAAAGAAAGCUGUCAUUUUUUGUCUCAGCGCAGACAAAAAGUGCAUCAUUGUAGAAGAAGGCAAAGAGAUCUUGGUUGGAGAUAUCGGUGUAACCAUAACGGAUCCUUUCAAGCAUUUUGUGGGAAUGCUUCCUGAAAAAGAUUGUCGCUAUGCUUUGUAUGAUGCAAGCUUCGAAACAAAGGAAUCCAGAAAAGAGGAGUUGAUGUUUUUUUUGUGGGCUCCAGAACUAGCACCUCUGAAAAGUAAAAUGAUCUACGCAAGCUCCAAGGAUGCAAUCAAAAAGAAAUUUCAAGACGCAUCUGUGUCCAGAGGAGAGUGGCCUCAGUCCUUGGGCUGGCCAGUUAUAUUUGACUUGCCACUGGGUGAUUGGGACCCUGAUGAGAUGGCCUGGACGCACUUACUGUCUCCAGCCAGGAGGAGAUGUUGGUAUGAUGGACAGAGCAUGGGGCAAGUGCCCUUAGCCCGCUGAGGGCUAAGCUUGUCGUCUGAGUGCUGUGUGACCUCCACGGGCCGGGUUCUCCCAGCUGGGAACGGGAGGUGCACAGUAGAAGAGGUGGCCCCCUACCUUCCUGCUGUGGCCGCUCCAGACAGCUGGGAGAGCCGCGGUCACAGGGCUUGGCCUAGGGUCAUUUUCAUUUUGCUUGUUUUACUGUGACUGAUUUUUAUAUUCUUGUAGUAGAUCGGGUUUGCCCUAGCGUGUUUUACUUGGGAAAACAAAGUUCUCGCUUCCUUUCCUGCAUCGUGCAGUCCUCGUCAGGCUCCUCAUGUGCUUGGUUUGGUGUCGGGCUGCCCCUAGAAGUGUGUGCACUGGCCGGGGAGCUGGUGUUUUGACGUGACCCCUUAGCUUCAGCACUGGCACAGGGCACCCCAGAGGGCGUCGGAGUGGAUUCCUCCUCGCUCUGCGGUGCGUUCCAGUAAAGGAGCUGCUCCGUGGACUUGAUCUGCUGACGUGAAAGACCAUCUCCCUGGUGCCUUUUUUCCUGGUGAAACCUUCGCUGGCUUUCUCCAGUCAGUCCUGAGUGGUCCAAAAGCUGACCUGCUGUGCUUUCAGCAGCUUAAGAAAUGGUCUUAAAAUUAUGGAAAAUCAGAAAAUGCAGCUGUUUAAAAGAGAGCAGCUGUUUACAGAGAAGCUACUGUAUAUGAUUCCAUAAUUGAGCUCCUUUUGUGCAGUGUGGUGUUGUAAUUUUGAUGAGAAGGCGAUCAGUAAAACAUUUUACAUAGUCUUAAUUGUGACAGAUUUCUUGAUGUAUUGUGCGGUGUCACUGGAGACCUGUUUUCUGGAGCAGAAGUGAUCCCAUUUGUAAGUGCUCUUAUUCCUCAAUUCAGUUGACUAAAUCAACUGUACGAUCAAAACAUCAAAUUCAUAUGUUUCUGUAUAUUUCAAAAACCAAGAAAAACUUCCUAGACCUGCUUUUUAACUUGUUGAAAUACAGCGCAUCUGUAGAAAAGCGUACGUGAAUUACGGUUGUUUCCUGGUUUAAUGACCAGCGCCCCGAAGCCUUCCCGGUGCCCCUCCUCACACCACUGCCCCUACUUCUUCCCCCCAGGGACACCAGUCCCCUGGCUCCUAACAGCAUAAGGUAGCUCUGGCUGAUUUUGUGUUAUACGAGUGGAACCGUCUAGAACAUACGCUAUUAAGUCUGGCUUCUUUUUGUCAGCAUUAGUCUGUGAGAGUCAUUCGUGAUGAUGCAUGUGGUUACAGAUUGCUCGUCACUGUGUGCUAUUCCGUGGUUUGUAUAUGCCACGGCUUUCCCACCCACGUUUGAACUGGUCUUUUAAAACAGUUGGAUAUCUUAGAGAAAUACGUAAGCUACUGCCAUAAUUCUAAAUAGAAUUGUUGUUUUU